CAGAUGCGUGUUUUGGCUGGAUUUUUUAACAAUAUUUUCAUAUAGGCAUUCUAUGGGAUAUCGACAGAGGAGUUAUUUCGUUUAUGACAAAAAAACAAAAAAUGUCAGGUCUAGAAUCAGAAGAAAAAAUGGAGCAUAUUACUCCAGAACAUCCGUUACCAGAAGAAAUACAGAAAAUGAACAGAGAUGAAACAAUCUGCAGAUAUUGUGGAGUUAGCUACCUGAUCCACAAUGAGAUUAAAGCCCUUGAGAAGAAAAUGAAAGCCAUGGAGAAGGAGUUGGAGCAUCACCAGGGCUGUGAUGACAGGGAAAACAAACUGAAACAGGAGCUCAAUUCACUACAAGAGCAAAGAGGGGAAUAUGAGAUGACAAUUACAGUCAAGGAGUCAGCGAUCGCGACUCUAACCAACAGCCUGAAAUCCCAGGAGUCUUUGUGCCAGAGACUACGCAGCGAGAAUGACGAUGCGCUAGAGAGGAUUUCAAAACAUGAGAAGUCUUACAAGGCCUUAAAAGACAGAAAUAACCAACUAGAGCGAGCCCUCCCCCGCCUGAAGUCAGCGGUCCAUCAGCAGAAGGCUGCGGUAGAGGAAAUUCACUCGUUUAUGGAGAAACGAGAUGCACAGAUGAAGGAAGAAAUUGCCAUAAUCUUGUCACAUGUACGCAACUCCUGUCAGAUGGAAAUUAAAGAGAAGUCUGAGUUACAAGAUCUAGUCAGAAGCCUUGAGUCCCGGUUCAGCUCAACGACAUCGGAGACGGAGGACAUGAAGAUCCAGCUAGCUCGCCAGGAGAAACAGAUACUAGAGCUAGACAGGCUGUAUACAGAGAACAAGGAGCUGCAGAUCAAGUGUCAGCAGCUGGAGACGGCACAAGCAGAGGGAGAAAAUAAACUUAAAGAUCUACAGACAAAGUGUUUAAAUCUCACUGCCAAGGUUGAAGAAAUAGAUAGUCAGAAAACUGAGCUGCAGUCAGUAUGUUCAUAUUUAACUACGGCAAAUAAAGAGAUGAUUGAAAGAAAUGCCAAGUUUGAUGAUCUACAGAUAAAAUAUAGUGAACUACUAAAUGUCAAUGAAGAAAACAAAGUCCUAUCGGAAAAGUGUUCAGAACUGACAGGGAUGAGAGAGAGUUUGAGACGUGAGCUGGAAGAAUCUAUAGAGAAAUGUCGCAGCCUACAGAUGGAGACACAGCAGUUUAAAGACCAAUACAAAACAAAAACAAGCGAGAUGGAGCAGAUGGCUUCAGUACAGAGGCGUAAAGACAUGGAUAAUGAGUUGAACACUCAAAAACUCAAAUCUGACCUUCGACAGAAGGAAACAGACUUGUCCAGUGCUAAGCGUGAUUUGAAAGCACUUCAGAUCAAGUUUGAAGAGCAUCAACAGCUUGAGGCCGACCUCAGUCGGAAAACAUCCAAAACACUCAAUGAAACGAAUGAACUGAAGGAGUCAUUUUUCAAAGCCAAAGAAGAGAUAGAUAAUUUAAAACAGGAAAGAGAGGCGAUGAUAACAUCCCAUCAGAACCGGAUUGAGCAGCUGCGAGAGAGUUUUAAAAACAAGCUGGCUGAGGCAGAUAACUGGCAGGAUAAGCUGGAGGAAGCCAUUGCCAAAGAAAAACAGAGACAUGCAAAAGAGUUGCAGGCCUUGGAAGCAAGACUUAAAGACAGCUUUGUAAUGGAGUUGGAAAUAGAGAAAGGCAAGUAUCGUGAGUUGAUGAAGAAAUACCAGGCUGGCAGCCAAGAAACUGAGGAAAAGCUGAGAGCACAACUACUAUCCAUAGAACAGAGGUACAAGGCAGAGAUAUCCGACCUCAAUGAUUUAUUGGCCGAAAACAGGAGAAAGUCAAAAGAAAUGGAGGAUGAACUCAGACGAGAGAUUGCCAGUCUUAAAAACAUAAUACGAGACCUAGAGUCCAGGCUGGGUCGACUGGAUGUGGGAAAUGAAGAUUUAGUGGUGAAGUUAAAGGCCCAGCUGAGGGAAACCCACCAAGAGCUUGAGGACACCAGUCAGGCGCUUGAUAAACAGACAAAGGCUGGGGAGGACUUCCAGGAACAGAUCAAACAUCUUCAAGAGACUGUUCAAAAAGAGUGUGAGGAAAGGUUUGAACUCACAGACGCAUUGAGUGCUGCCAAGGAGGAGUUGCUACUUUUGAAACGACCCCUAGGGUCAAGGCCAGUGAGUGAAGGUGGAUAUCAAAGUGUAACACCUCGCCAGAGCACUAAUUUGUCCCUCCCUUCUGAAGAGCAACAGACACCUAGUCAAAACACGUCCGCUCGACGUACCAUGUCCGAGCCACAACCAGUCAUAUCUAAUAGACCCCUUACCUCAAAGCCUCAUAUAUAUAAUGGAGGCAUGAAAAAGGAAUAUACUUUAACGAAUAAUAAUACAAUGGUGUUUAUGGGUGACCAAGGAAAUGGUGGAUCGCGAGCUGUAGGCGGAUCUACAAAACGGACUGGUGGAUCGCUAGCAGAGAAUAGACGGAGAAUUGCAGCCAUACUUGGAAGAAAGUGAUGAUGUUCGUGUACUAUUUUAUGUCAAUAAGCAAUGUUAAAUUUUCUUAUCAGUAUAUUUUGAUAGAAAAGGAGUGUGCUGUUCAAACUAAAUGACAACUUGUCAUCACUUAUUUAAGUCAGAGGACUUUAAAGCACUCAUGUUUAUAUAGUGCCUUGGAUCCAUUUCGGUUCAUUUCAAUUGAGAAUAUUACAUUCUAGAAACAGAUCUGAAUAAAUAUUCAACUUAAAUGUAUUGAUGCAUCCUCAAAAUUGUUCAUUGUCUUAAAGAAUCUAAAAACAUUUUUAGUGAUUUCUGUAUUAAAAUAAGUGCCUGUAUACUUAUAGUUCAUUUUGAUACAUUUUCCUCAAUUAUAUUUUAUAUAUACGGUAGUCUGAUUUGAUAACAUAUUUUUUAGUUUCAUUAAGUUUGUUUUAUUGAACUAAGUCUGUGAUACUCUCAAUACAUAAGAUUGUGCUCAUAUAUAUUUUAAAUACCAUAUCUUUGAUAAAAAUUGCAUGAAUUUUGAUGAGAUUAAACAUAAUGAUCAUUUAAGUAAGCUGCCAAAAUGACAUUUCCAAAUACAAGCAGAUGUUUACUAUUUAAAAUGGUGCAGACACAGUCUUAUUAAAAACAGAACGAAGGGAUUUGUCCUCAGUUUUAAUUAGAUGCUCAUAGAGAUAUCCAAUGAGUUGAUAUUCAUGUUUGAGUGUGUGAUAUAAUGGUUGAUAUUAUUUAGGACCAAUAAAAUGACAGUCAUAAUACUUGACUUUUAAUUUUCAUAUCUGUCUGCACCAGACAUGAACAAUAAAUUUUCAUAUUGACCUCCAAAUAAACAAUAGCUUAUACUUAAUUUAUUUUUUUACAACUCGGAUGAAUCCGCUGAUGUUGGCCAGUUUCAUGUUCUGUUUGUGCAACUUUGUCUUAACAAUUACAAUUUUUGUCCUAAAAAAUAUAUCUUGAAUGAACACCAAUUUUAGCCUAAGUCUCAGAUUUUCAAAGAAAAGAAGGUCUUAAACUUGUUGUUGAUAUCGCUGUCAUGAAUGACUUUGAUGGCAUUUUAAACUUUAAACUUUACCUUAAACAUGACUUAGAUACUGAAAGAUUUUCAAAUUGAAACUUGGUAUACAUGUUGGCAGAGGCAAUACAGGCAUGUGUUUCAUGGCCCAUAACUCUGGCUUGGAUAAUUGAUUGGUUAUGCCACUUGCGAAAACAGGCUUCCGCUUGAGUUGCUCGUGUCAAUUUGAUACAAUAUCAAAGGCUGCUUUAACAUUUACAAUAUGAAGUGAUUUUUACAUCUGAUCAACACUCAUUACUUUCUAAUGAUAUAUUUAUCGGAAUAAAAGUGUCCUUUAAUUACAAAUUAUUGAAAUGUUUUGUAUUUCAUAGGCGUUUAGCUUUAUUAUAUGUUUAUUUCAACUAUUGAAUGUUUAUUUGUAA